CCCCGACAGUAUAGUCUGUGCACGCGGGCGCGCGUGCCAUCUCUCGCAUCGUCCGGCGAACCGUUUUCGUUUUGUCGCACGUACGAAAUAAAACUUCCGCGCAAUAAUAAACUACCGGCCACGUUCAACCCGUAGAUCGCGAGUGGUUUUCGAUCGACAGCUGUUUACGUUUCGACGGCGGAAAGUAGUGCGGGUCGGCGCGUACAUUAGCCCCUACCACCGAGCGGUGCGGUUACCAGUGCGGUAACCGAAAUCCGCGGUAUCGUGCGACCAACAUGAACGGCGGCGGUGUCCCGAGGUGGUCCGCGACCGAUGGCGACCGUGAAAUCCGGCUGGACGACGGCUGUGGAGGCGGAAGCCGCUACCCUCACGUGUGGCUCAGGAACAACUGCCCUUGUUCGUCGUGUGCGUCCGCCGGGUCCGGUUUCCGGAAACAAGUGAUCCGCGAUUUUCGGUUCAGCUCGACGCCGACUCUGUUCCAGAUUGUAUGCAAUGAUAAGCUCUAUGUGAAAUGGGAUGACAGCCACGAGAGUACUUACGACUUACAAUGGCUACUAGAGAGAAAUUUUAAUGAGGGUCAAGAACGCCACGAAAAUCAGCAAGUCAAAUGGACUGCGGAAUCGUUUUCAGCUAUAUUUCAGUCAUUUAAAUAUGAGGACGUAAUCAAAAGUGACAAAACUUUGCUACAGUGGUUGGAAACUUUGACAGUUUAUGGCAUCUCUAUGAUAAAAAGUUGCGGGCUGGAACAAGACCGGGUAAAAGAACUUGCCGGGCGUGUUGCUUUUUUGAAGAAGACACAAUACGGGGAGACGUUUAAAGUUGAAGUGAACUCUGAUGCGACCAAUUUAGCAUAUAGAUCAACAUACUUACAACUACACACGGACUUGCCAUAUUACGAAUACACGCCUGGGGUGAUUUUGCUGCACUGCAUCAUUCAACCCGAGUCCAGUGGCGGCGAAUCCGAAGUGACCGACGGGCUGUCGGUGUGUGAUCGUCUGAAGGAAAUGGACGAGGACUGCUAUAAGACGCUUUCCUCGGUGCCGGUAAGGUGGAUUGACCGCGGCCACGACGGCGGCUACAACUUUCAUAACGUUUACGUCUCGCCCGUAAUUUGGUUAGUGCCACGUCGAAACGGUUAAAACCAUUAUCAUUAUUAUUUAUUUUUGCCUCCGUCGUAGACUUUUGUAAAAUAAUUUAUUUUAGAUUAUAAUAUUAUUAUUAUGUUUAUGAAGUAUAAACUAGGUAGGUAUUAGUGUUGGUUAAAGGUUGGACGACAGAAUUACGGUCAGACAGUGUAAAUAACUUAUUAUUUAAUUUAAUUUUUAAUGAAACCAUGAAUCGAAGGUACAACGAUAUAGGUAUUUUAGAUAUUUAUGGCU